CAUGCCUGUCUCUUGCGUCCCAAGGACCCAUUAUCCAUUUCACCGCAAAAGUCUUUGGGGACCCAACCUAUCUGCCUCCUUCAGCAGGAGCCUCCGGAUCCCUCCAGACUGCUUUGCAAUAAAUACUGCUGGGUGCAGUGAAUCAUUUCUUUCAUAGCCUGGCGCUUGGCAGGCGGGCUUGCCUUCCCUUGCCUCCGCCUGCCCCACCUCCCAGCCUUUUCUCCCACGGCCCAUCUGCCCCUCCUUUCCUCCACCCCUCCUCCUUUCUGCUCCCCUUUAUUUCCACUCCCCAGCCGCGUUGCUCUGCUCUCCCUCUCCCCCCCGACCGUCUGGAUUUGGAGCUCCCGGAAGCUGCCGGAGACUCUCCCCUGGAGCAGCGUGACUGACACCGACUCCUAUUCGGGGGGGAGGAGAGAGAGGGGAGGAGAAGGGGAGGGCGCGGGAGGAGGGUGCGAGUGGCCGACCGCGGAUUUGCCUUGCCGAGGACGGGACCCCAGGGCGACGAGGCAGAAUGGCAGACAUGCAGGGACUGGUGGAAAGGCUAGAGCGAGCCGUCAGCCGCCUGGAGUCGCUGUCUGCGGAGACCCACAGGCCCCCUGGGAACUGCAGGGAUGUUAAUGGUGUUAACGGAGGUGUGGCACCCUCCGUGGAAGCCUUUGAUAAACUGAUGAACAGUAUGGUGGCCGAGUUUUUAAAGAACAGUAGGAUCCUUGCUGGUGAUGUGGAGACUCACGCAGAAAUGGUGCACAGUGCUUUCCAGGCCCAGCGGGCUUUCCUUCUGAUGGCCUCUCAGUACCAACAACCCCAAGAGAAUGACGUGGCUGCAUUUCUGAAACCCAUAUCAGAAAAGAUUCAGGAAAUCCAAACUUUCAGAGAGAGAAACCGAGGGAGUAACAUGUUUAAUCAUCUUUCGGCCGUCAGCGAAAGCAUCCCUGCUCUUGGCUGGAUAGCUGUGUCCCCCAAACCUGGUCCUUAUGUCAAGGAGAUGAAUGAUGCUGCCACCUUUUAUACUAACAGGGUCUUAAAGGACUACAAACACAGUGAUUUACGCCAUGUGGAUUGGGUGAAGUCAUAUUUGAAUAUUUGGAGUGAACUUCAAGCAUACAUCAAGGAACACCACAACACAGGCCUCACGUGGAGCAAAACUGGUCCCGUAGCAUCCGCAGCAUCGGUGUUUUCUGUCCUCUCCUCUGGGCCUGGCCUUCCUCCUCCUCCUCCUCCUCCUCCUCCAGGGCCACCUCCACUUUUUGAGAAUGAAGGCAGAAAGGAGGAGUCCUCCCCUUCACGCUCAGCUUUAUUUGCCCAGCUUAACCAGGGAGAAGCGAUUACGAGAGGGCUCCGGCAUGUCACAGAUGACCAGAAGACAUAUAAGAAUCCCAGCCUGCGGGCUCAAGGAGGGCAAACUCAAUCUCCCACCAAAAGCCACACUCCAAGUCCCACAUCUCCCAAAUCUCAUUCUCCCCAAAAGCACGUUCCUGUGCUUGACUUGGAAGGAAAGAAAUGGAGAGUGGAGUACCAAGAGGAUAGGAAUGACCUUGUGAUUUCAGAGACUGAGCUGAAACAAGUGGCUUACAUUUUCAAAUGUGAAAAAUCAACUCUGCAAAUAAAAGGGAAAGUCAACUCCAUUACAAUUGACAACUGUAAGAAGUUUGGCCUGGUGUUUGACCACGUGGUAGGCAUUGUGGAUGUGAUCAAUUCCAAGGACAUUCAAAUCCAGGUACUGGGGAGAGUGCCAACAGUUUCCAUUAAUAAGACGGAAGGUUGCCACAUAUACCUCAGUGAAGAUGCAUUAGACUGUGAGAUUGUGAGCGCCAAGUCAUCUGAAAUGAAUAUUCUUAUCCCUCAGGAUGGUGAUUAUAGAGAAUUUCCCGUUCCUGAACAGUUCAAGACAGCAUGGGAUGGAUCUAAGUUGAUCACUGAACCUGCAGAAAUUAUGGGCUAACCUCCCAAGAGACUGAAUCCCCUCACCUGAAUCUCCCUAUCAAACAAACAAAAAGCAGCAUUAAAGAGCUAGAAGUUGCAGUAACACCUACUGCUUUAGUUUUGGCCUCCAACAAUUCUGUGCUGUAGAAACAGCAUCAUUUCUGGCAUGCCUUCAUGGGCAUUUUAAAAUAAUUAACAUUUCUUCAUGACUUGUCUUUGUGUGUGAUUUUAGUACCACAUGAUGACUUGUGAGCAUUAUGAUUUAAAGGGAAAAAAAAGAAUUCUGUUCCCCAUAUUAUAAGCACAGUAACAGUUAGGUAAAAAUACUGCAUGAUUCACUUUUACACUUAUGUUUAAUUGCUAGUUGAAAAAUAAAAUCAUUAAGAAUCUAAGAUGUACAUUUUUACCUUUUAGACAAUUUCAAUAUGAUGUAGUGCGCCCUGAAAAAUGUACAAUUUUUUUCUUAUUGUCACCACAUGCUCACCUUUAUCAGUGAGGAUACCCUAUCAGCAUGAAUCCAUACUUCAAUCCACACUUUUAAAAAAGUAAGAAAAUUCCAUAAUAAGGACCAAAUUUGGUUUCUUGGUCCUUGCAAGACCUAUAUUCUUUAUAGUUACUGAAAACGAAAGUAAGCUCAUACUUCUUCGCAUAAGAGAUUCUUAUGCCAAAAGAAUGAUGGGAAGAAACAGGUUUAUUGCUAUGUAAUACCUCACAAUUUUGCUCUAAGAUCAAACUCAAUUUUAGUUUCCAAUUUUGAACCUGUUAAAUAUCACAUGCCUUGUAAAUGAGGUCUUUAAUGUUUUGUUAUAGACUAAUUUCUUCUUUUCCACCUGCCAGACUUGCUAACCAAUCUCGAAAAUUAACAUGAAAAACCAUAGAUGUAUUACUUCUUCUAAAACCUAAGGAAUUAUUUGUUGGCUUGGCUUGCUGCUUCUACUUUGUAGUCUUGACAGUAGAUGCUUUUUCAGCAUAAGGAUAACUAUGAUAUUCCUUUGUAUAUUUUCAGUACAUAGUGCUGAAAAAUCUGCAACUUCUUGGAUCACAUUUAAUGAAUUAUAGUAUAAUGCUUGCAGACCUAAUACAAGCAUAUAUAUUGUGCCUCUUACAGCCUUUGGAAUACAUCAUUUCCGUUUUUUAAAUAUCUUCUAUAUCCAUAUAGUAUUUGAAUUAUUGAUGCUCAUGUACCAAGGUUUUGCUAUAAAAAGUUUUGUCGGUAUGAAUAAUGUUGUGGCUUUAGUAAAUAUCAUUUUUCAACAGUAAACUUAUUCUGAAAUAAAGUAAAAUUCUAAUUGUUUAAAUACUGUGAU